ACACACAGCCAUGGCCUCCUGCAGAUACUUCACCACCGUCGUCCUCGCCGCUUUCGUCUGCGUCGUGACGGCGUUCCCUAGUGGAGGCGAAGAACCGAAGUUCAAAUGCGAUGACGAGUGCAAGAAGGAGAUGCAGAAGCUGAAGGACAUCGUGGCCGAGUGCGCAAAAGAGAGCGGUUGCGAAGAGGAGGAGUUCAAGAAAUGCAAAGAAUGCGGCGACGAUGUGCCCCAGAAAGUUCAG